AUGCAAGACCAUCUAUACACGCAAGAAGUUCACAGACCAUCUAUAUGCUGCUUUAUAAAGCAAAGAGAACAGACAGGGAAAGUUGAAGAAGCUUUUGCUAAGCAAGAAAAAAGAUUUAAAGAGCAGACAGUAAGGUGGCGAACUAUUUUAACUAAAGUGGCUAACAUCAAGGGAUGGGACUCAAAUAACAGGCAUGAAUCAGAAUUUAUUGGAGACAUCGGAAAACUGCAUUGCAAAAUAGACAUAAGGGAUGAUAAAGAUGAUUGUGUUCGCAUUAUAGGGAUUUGUGGUUUGUGCGGAAUUGGUAAAACAACUCUUGCAAGAUUUGUUUAUACCCCAAUUUCAAGUCAUUUUGAAGGCAAAUGCAUUUUUGCAGAUGUUCGGGAAGUGGCGGAGAAAGAUGGACUUGUUUGUUUACAAAAGCAGCUUCUUUGUCAGAUUUUGUUGGAGGAAGGUUUUAAUUUUUUUGAUGUUAAUGAAGGAAAUGACAUAAUAAGUUGUAGGUUAUCUCAUAACAAGGUUCUUAUUGUUCUUGAUGAUGUGGAUAACUUCCAACACUUAAAAUGUUUGGUUGGAAAGCGUGCUUCGUUUGGUUUAGGAAGCAGAAUCAUUAUAACAACAAGAUAUGAGCAUUUGCUGCAAGCCUAUGGAGUGGAUGAUGUGUAUAAGCCGACGACAUUGAAUGCCAACGAAGCACUUCACCUUUUCAGUUUGAAAGCUUUGGAAAGUGAUACACCCGAAAACGAUUUGCUCGAGCUUUCAAAACGUGUUGUAGAAUAUGCAGAUGGCCUUCCAUUAGCGCUUGAAGUUUUUGGUUCCUUUCUUGCUGGGAGAGAUGUUUCUCAAUGGAGAAGUGCAAUAGAAAGACUUGAAAAUGAUUCUAAGAAAGAAAUUCUAGACAGACUUCAAAUAAGCUUUGAUGGAUUAGAAGAAAUGGAGAUGAACAUAUUUUUAAAUACUGCUUGCCCCUUCAAAGGGGAGGACAAAGAUUUGGUAACAAAAAUUCUGGUCGGUUGA